AUGGCCUCCCCCUCUGCCUCUGCCAAGACGGUCGUCUUCAAGACGUUCCGCAACACCGACGGGUCCGACACCGACAUCGCCGCCGACGUCUACCUGCCCAGCGGAGGCGAGCUCGGCACCCCGCUGCUUCCCGUCUUCUGGGUCCAUACCGGCGGUCUGCUGCAGGGCACUCGCAAGUUUAUCCCUCCUCACCUUGUCCGUGGCGUCGACAAGCACCGCGUGGCUCUGAUCGCGCCUGACUUCCGCCUAUGCCCCCAAGUGACCAUCUCCGAGGUGCUGGACGAUGUGCGCGACUGCAUCAACUUCUUUCUCGACGCCGACAAGCUCGCUCAGCACCUCGGAGCGGCGGCCAACGACGUCGACACGGCGCGGUACGUGCUUGGCGGGUCGAGCGCGGGCGGGUGGAUCUCGCUGCUACUCGGCCUGUCGCUGGUCGAGCAGGCCGACUCGCUCCGCACCAAGGCGAGCUCGGUGUUUUCCAUCUACCCGAUUACCACGCUCGAGCGCGAUAUGGCGCCGUUCUACUACCAAGCGCAGAGGCCCGUCAGCUGGUCCGUGGACGGCAAGCCCAUCGACGGUCGACAGCUCGAGGAGCAAGGGUGCCUGACGCGAUGCCACCCGGGGUCAGACGAUGGGAAGCAGGCGCUGAUCAAGACGGAAGCGCCGCCGGCUGCUGACCCUGUGCGGGCGCAGAUGUACAACUACGCGCGCCAGGAGGGCAACUUUGCCAGCCUGGUGCUGGGCAGUCCGGACGACGUGGAGCGCUUCUCGGUGCCGCACCUGAUCCGGCGGCGGUGGGCAGGCGCGCGGGAGCAGGGUGGCGGCGAGCGCGUUGCGGUGAUGGUAGUGUACGGCGACGGCGACGCAAAGGUGCCGCACUCGCAGUCGGAGCACGUGAUCGAUGCGCUCGAGGAGGUCGGAUACCGACGAGGUGCGGAUCUGGAGGUCGAGGUCAAGCAAGGGGGUGACCACCUGUACGACAUGGAGGAGCAGGAAGAGGUGCCCGGCUUGUGGCCGUUUAUCAUCCUGCCUCGGCGGCGGGGCGUCCAGCAGUGA